AUGUGCUCGACCAUUUUUGGCGACGAUACCUGCUGGAAGCCAAUGUUGCUGGCAGGUGACCUGAAUGUCAUUGAGGAUCCUGCACUGGAUAAGACGUCGGGGAUUGGCUCAAGAGGGGAAAAUGACUGGUUAAUGUCAAUCUGUAGUAGCUUCGAUGCCCGAGAUGCCUUCAGGGCGCUCCAUCCCUGCCUGCGGGAGUACACCUUCUAUGCGGCGGCGGUGCAGGAGAGCACAAGGAUUGACAUGAUCCUCCUCUCACAGGCGCUGCUCCACCAGAUCCACGAGGCUUACAUGGUGGAAGAGCGGAAGCGAGUAGCGGCCACGACUGCGCAUCUUGAACGCGAAGUCGGGGAGCUGAGGCAGCAGGUGAUGAGCAGGCCUCGAUGCUCGCGGGCGAAGGCGCGGCUGGCGAAGUGUGAAGCCAAACUCAAAGCCUAUGUGGAAGGAAGGCGCCGUAAGAUGCAGGAGCAGGCAGGAAUCAAAGUGGAAAUGAAUGGCGAAGCUCCCACGGGUUUCCUCUCGUCCCGGAUAAAGGCGCGGAAGGCAAAGAUGCGCCUGGUGGAUAUAUUUCACCAGGGCUUACGGUAUGAAGCGGCUAAGGAGGCGCCGAAGGCUGCGUCGGAUUUUUACACCAAGCUUUUUGCGGCUGGUGCGGACUCACAGUUGAACUGGCCGGUGGACAAGCGCCUCUCCCCAGAGGAUGCGGUGGAGCUCAGUGCGCCUUGGGAAGAAGCGGAGGUCAAGCGCGCGUUGGCGGAGAUGGCGCCUGGCAAAACACCGGGGCGUGAUGGUCUCCCGAAAGAGCUCUGGGAGUCACAAUGGGACCUGUUGGGGGGGCAGAUGAUGCGGUUCCUGAAGGAGUUUGAGCGAACGGGGCUGUUAUCCAAGGAAUUUUCGACUGCAGUGACGGUGCUUCUGCAUAAGAAGGGGGCCAAGGAUGACUUGCAGAACUACCGCCUGAUUACGCUGCUGAGCACGGUUUACAAGCUCAUCGCAAAGAUACUGGCAAACCGGAUAAAAAAAAAGCUGGAGAGUGUGGUGUCGGCCGGGCAAUUUGGUUUCUUACCUGGAAGGGGCAUUGCUGGCGCGGUGGCAAUUGCGGCGGACGUGAUCGAUGCUGCGGACACCAGGAAGGAAGACUGGCUCAUGCUCCUGGUGGAUUUCCGCAAGGCCUUUGACUUGGUGGCGCGCGGGUACCUGUUUGAGGUGCUGCGGAAGAUGGGCUUCCCGGAAGUCUACGUGAAGUGGGUAGAAGGCUUGCAUCAAGGAGCAGCAACCCGCAUCUGCAAUGACGGCUGGCUGAAAGAGGAGGUCCCCGUCCAGACUGGGGUGAGGCAGGGCUGCCCCCUCGCGCCGUACCUCUUCUUGUGCGCGGUGGAGCCUUUCUAUCAGGAGGCGAAGAGGAGGUGGUUAGGGAUCAAUGUCAAGGGAGCAGGAAAGCUGACUUACCUGGGGUAUGCCGAUGACACCACCCUACUGUUGAACGGUCGCUCGCAGCUGGGGGAUGCUGAGCUGCUGCUCAAGGAGUUCGAGCAGGUGUCGGGGCUGGCGGUUAGCUGGGACAAGUCGGUGGUGCUGCCGCUGGGGAGUCAACGGGAUAUACCGCCGCCAGUGGAUUGUUCCUUCAAAUGGGCGUCGCGUGAUGAUGCGGAGCGCCUGUUGGGGGUCUGGAUCACACCGGGGGGGGGGACGCAAAGCCAGCCGGGCUUCAUUCUCUGGAAUGGGGAUCUCAUGCAACUCGGAGGGGAGGAAGGGGGACUCGGGGUGAUAAACCUUAAGGACUGGCUGGACGCAGAAGCGCUUCACUCGUUGGCGCAACUUCUCACGGAGGAGAUGCCACAACGGCGACUGUUGGCGGAACGAGCGGCGAACUUCUCGCUUGGCUAUGUCUCCCUCCUUGCACACGAGGCACUGCUGAAGGCAUGGGGCACGGGGACUGAUCGUUGGAAAGCAAUCACGGCCGCAGUAAUGUCAUCGCCGGUCGUCAAGAACCUGGCGGUCGGGAGCAGAUGGGACAUCGAGAAGGAACGGGUGCUUUUCAACAGGCAUAUCCUGCGUGAUGGCGGAUACCCCUUCGGGCGGCGAAAGGGUGAUGAGGCCCUUCACGAGAUUAUGGUGGGGGACCUGCUCAUGAACCAGCUUCACUGCGCGAAGAUGAGUCUGCACGAGGACGGGAAGGUGUGGUUCGUGCCCGAGGGGGCGAGAGUUAAAGCGCUGUCUGUGACAGAGGUCACGCCGUUGGCGGUGAUGGGGGACGAGGUGAUCGGGGAGCUGGGCGAGCCGCGCAACAGGCUAUUAAAAUCAGAGCUCUGCAUGGGUAAGCUGGCGGCCUCUCUGAAGCAGCUGAGAGUAGGAUUGGGGGGGAGACGCAAGCAGCCGGACAAGCUGCCUCGCCGUGCAGAGUGGGAACAACUGUGGGGGAAGAAAAUUGACUGGAAGCGGGCGAUUGCGCGCAGAGACUCCCAUGUGGUCCCCGCAAAGGCACGGGACGUCUUGCUGCGCGCUCACUGCUUCAAUCUGCAAGUGGGGAACCGUUUGAAGUUCUUGGGCGAGCGGGCGAAAUGCCUGCACUGCGGGGAAGCGGAGUCGGUGGACCAUGCCAUGUUCUCCUGCUGA